UGAGCAAAAGCCAAGCACUGCUGUUCACAGACGCUCCAGCCACCAUGAAGGUGACAAGUGUGUUACUGGUGAUCGCUCUGGCCCUUUGCUGCAUCUCAGCUACUGGUGCAGUGCAGUUUGCAGCCCAGUACUGCAAUAACCAGCUGGCAUCCAGAAACUUCUGCACCAUGGAGUACAUGCCACACUGCGGGUCUAACGGUGUCACAUACGGCAACAAAUGCUUAUUCUGCAAUGCAUACGCGAGAAGCCGUCGGACUCUUGAACUGAGGUCUAUGAGUGCCUGUUGAGUUCUCAACAGCCUUCAUCUGAGAAAGAGGAUCCCUCCCUGGC